UCUUAAAAUCUCCAAAAUACUUUCGUGUCAUAGCUACUAGGGCUUGCAUAUUGGUCUCUCAUUAGUUAUCAACUUCUCCAAAUUAAGUUGUAGCAUUUUCUAAGAAGAUGGGUAGCUUCAUUGGGCAUGUAUUUCCAGGCUUAGCAUUUGUAUUUCUAGGGUUAUGGCAUCUCUUUAAUCACAUAAAACUUCAUUCUCUUCCCCCAAACUCUUACACAUCUUCAGCAUGGUUUCCCACCGCAAAAGUGCGAUACAUAGAGCUUUACAUGAUCAUAUUAUGCAGCUCCAUCUCUGUAUCCAUGGAGCUUUUCAUAGGUCCGUCAAAGCACCAACCAUUAGAUACUGAUGGAACCAUACCAUCAAAUCAUCUUAGAAACUUCGAACACUCCUCAAUUUCAAUGUUCUUCUUGGUCUAUGCAACUUUCGCAAUAUUUCUCGAUAAACUUAAGGCUAAUGUUAGCGUUAAGUUCGGUCUGACACAGCUUAUAGCAGCAUUAGCCUUUGCUCAAGAACUAUUUCUUUUCCAUUUACAUUCAACUGACCAUCAUGGUCUUGAAGGGCAAUACCAUUUACUUCUCCAAUUUAUCGUAAUCGUCUCGUUAGCCACCACCCUUUUCGGCAUUGGCAUGCCUAAAAGUUUCUUGGUUAGUUUUGUGAGAUCAGUGAGUAUUUUGUUUCAAGGUGUAUGGUUUAUAGUAAUGGGAUAUAUGCUAUGGACACCAAAGUUGAUACCUAAAGGUUGCUUGAUUCACAAUGAAGAUGGUCAUAUUGUGGUUAGAUGUGGAAGCCAAGAUGCAUUAAAUAGAGCUAAAUCAUUAGUGAAUAUUGAGUUUAGUUGGUUACUUAUUGGAAUUACCAUCUUUUCAAUCUCCUUUUACAUAGGUUUGGUUGAAAUGUAUAGUAAAAAAGUUGUGUACUCUUCAUUUGCAAAGGAGUUGGAAGAUCUUCGUAGUGAUGCUGAAUCCCAAAGUGAUACAGAGAAAACUUUUACAGCUCUAUACAUGGAAAGGUAAAAGAUACUUACAAUGGGUUUGAUUAUAAUAUUUGUACCUGCAUACUUAAUGUAGGAAUAUGCUAUUGCAAAACUAAGCAUUUUAUGGGAACAUAAAUAAAAUCCUUUUUAUGUUA